UACACUCCGAAAAAUUCACUCAACAAAGCUAAACCAUAAACUGUGUGAGUAGAGAGAGAGAAUAAAGAAAGCAAAAAAAAAAAUGGUGCUAACGGUGUACGGACCUCACUUUGCUUCACCAAAGAGAGCUUUGGUAACACUGAUCGAGAAGGGUGUCGCCUUCGAGACCGUUCCCGUCGAUCUCUUGAAAGGAGAACAGAAGCAGCCUGCUUAUCUUGCUUUACAGCCUUUUGGUACUGUUCCUGCUGUUGUCGACGGUGACUACAAAAUCUUCGAGUCGCGUGCGGUGAUGAGGUACGUAGCAGAGAAGUAUAAGUCUCAAGGACCUGAUCUUUUGGGGAAAACCGUUGAAGACAGGGGUCAGGUUGAGCAAUGGCUUGACGUGGAAGCGACCACAUACCACCCACCGCUAUUGAACCUGACGCUGCACGUAGUGUUCGCAUCAGCUAUGGGAUUCCCAUCUGAUGAGAAGGUGAUUAAGGAUAGUGAAGCGCAACUAUCCGCUGUUCUUGAUGUCUACGAGGCACAUCUCUCGAAGAGCAAGUACUUGGCCGGUGAUUUCGUGAGCUUGGCUGAUUUGGCUCACCUCCCGUUCACUGAUUACUUGGUUGGUCCUAUUGGGAAGGCUUACAUGAUCAAAGAUAGGAAGCACGUGAGUGCGUGGUGGGAUGAUAUUAGCAGCCGUCCUGCGUGGAAGGAGACUCUUGCCAAGUUUUCACUCCCGGCUUAAAGAUGAUUCCUUCUCCUUGCUUCUUGUUGGUGAUGUUGCUUGUGCUUUUUAUGCGAGGUAUAAUAAAACUGGAACUAUAAUGCCUCUGUGUUUCUCUUGUUGGUGGUGUUGCUUGUGUAUGUUAUUUACUUCCUCUGUGUUUUCUUUCCUUUUGUAAUUUAAUAAGUGUCGGUUUACUCCUGUGUGAAGCUUUCAAUUUAAGGAAAUUAUCUGUUCCCCUAGUUUCA